UAUUGACGUCGCGCGAAAACAAGUGUGUAUGGGUCUGUGAUUUGACUAGAAAUUGUAUAGGUUGCUGUGCUCUGAACACGGUGUGUGGGCAACUGUAAUCUGCAACUUGUGGUCUCCUGCAUUCCCAUUCGUGUUGAUGAUUUGUCAGUGGCAUUUAUUUUGAGACGCAGUACUUGUUACAAACAAGCAGAAGAUUUUUCUUAGUAUUUUCAUGUGAAAUUUCAGGCAGAAAAGAAAAUAUAAUUAUAGUUAAUUUUCUUGUUUGAAAAUAAGGUUGACUUUGCUGAGAAAAUAAACUACAAUGGGAAUCAGUAUAAAUGCCCAGGAUGAUAGUGGUUCAGAGUAUGUAAAAAGUGUGAAAGAAAUGUGCAGAAUUAUAAUGGAGCGGUCACUUCAACCUUUGCAAAUGCUGGAUUUGACUUAUAUGCUAACUCGUAAUUACCACAUGGAGAAGAAAGCGAUUCGUAUUUUGCACGAUCAAGCAAAUAGUAUCAUAAACAAGCGAUAUCAAGAGUUACAGAAACACACUAAAGAGGACAAUUCUGAAACCAAAAAAAAGAAAGCAUUUCUAGACUUGCUAUUAGAGGCUACCAUUGAUGGACAACCGUUAAGUAAGGUUGACAUAAGAGAGGAAGUUGACACUUUUAUGUUUGCGGGCCACGAUACUACAGCUUCCGCUAUUAGCUUUACACUUUUCUGUCUUGCAAGUUACCCUGAUGUACAGCAAUCUGCAUUUGAAGAACAACAACUAAUAUUUAAAGAAGAUAGAAAGCCUAAGGUUACAUACGCCCACCUACAAAGCAUGAAGUAUUUGGAACAAGUAAUUAAGGAAACGUUACGACUUUAUCCAUCAGUUCCACUAAUUAGUAGACAGCCGGACACAGAUUUAGAAUACGGAAAUUGUUUGGAGUUUGGAGAACAUACAGUAGAAGAAAUGGAAACGAGUUUUUUAGCAAAUGUUGUUCUUCCAUUAGGAAUGAUAAUAUUAGUAUUUUGGUGGUGGUUUCACUUAUGUCACACCAAAAAAUAUUACAAAAACUUGCCAGGACCACCUACAGUACCUUUUUUUGGGAACGCUUUAGACUUCACAUCCUCGGCAGUUAUACUAAACACUAUGUUGAAAUAUGUCAAAAAUCAUGGUGGACUUGUUAAGAUGCAAAUGGGACCAAUAAAAAGAGUGUUAUUAGUAGCUGACUAUAAAAUGUUAGAGUUUAUAUUGAGUAGUACUAAAUUGCUAACAAAAUCUUCAGAUUAUCAAUACUUAUAUUCAUGGUUGGGUAGCGGCUUGUUGAUCGGCAGUGGUCCAAAAUGGAAGAAACAUCGAAAACUGUUGACACCAGCUUUCCAUUUUCAAGUACUAGAAAAUUUUAUUGAGACAUUUGAGACUUGUGGAGAUAAAUUUGUUCAAAAAUUAUUAGAAGAAGUUGGAAAAACUAGUACUGACAUUUAUCCAUUUGUUACCUUAUGCAGCCUAGAUAUUAUAUGUGAAACUACAAUGGGAAUCAGUAUAAACGCUCAGGAUGAUAUUGGUUCAGAAUAUGUAAAAAGUGUGAAAGAGAUGUGCAGAAUUAUCAUCGAACGAGCAGUUCAACCUUUACAGAUGCUUGAUUUGACUUAUAUGUUAACUCGUAAUUACCAUAUAGAGAAGAGAGCGAUUCGUAUUUUGCACGAACAAGCAAAUAGUGUCAUUAACAAGCGAUAUCAAGAGUUACAGGGACACACUAAAGACGAUAAUUCUGAAACCAAAAAAAAGAAAGCAUUUCUAGACUUGCUAUUAGAGGCUACCGUUGAUGGACAACCGUUAAGUAAGGUUGACAUAAGAGAGGAAGUUGAUACUUUCAUGUUUGCGGGUCACGAUACUACAGCUUCGGCUAUUAGCUUUACGCUUUUCUGUCUUGCCAAUUACCCUGAUGUUCAGCAAUCAGUAUUUGAAGAACAAGAACUAAUAUUUGAAGGAGACAGAAAGCCUAAUGUCAAAUAUGCCCAUCUGCAAAGUAUGAAGUAUCUGGAACAAGUAAUUAAGGAAACGCUACGACUUUAUCCAUCAGUUCCAAUAAUUGGUAGACAGCCGGAUGUAGAUUUAGAAUACGAAAAUACCUGCAUACCCAAAGGUUCUACGAUAUUGUUAUUUCCUUUCGGUAUCCACAGAAACCCAGACUAUUUUAAGGAUCCGUUAACGUUUGAUCCAAGCAGAUUUUUAAAUGUUGAUGGUAAAUUUCCAUACGCUUAUAUACCGUUCAGUGCUGGUCCUCGCAACUGCAUCGGACAAAAGUUUGCAAUGCUGGAGAUGAAAAGUGUAAUUUCGAAAAUAAUUAGAGAAUUUAAACUUCAACCUGCAGUUCCGCACCAUGACUUACAGCUGGUGGCAGAGACUGUUCUCAAGUCGGCCAAUGGAAUUAGCAUAUGUUUAAGAAAAAGAGAAAAAUUUUAGCUAUUGUGUAAUGAUUUCUACUUAUACGUGUUCUUCUAAAUAAAGUUAUGUUCUGGA